AUGGCAACAUCACAAGGAACAACAUUUACAGGUGAUAGUACUACAAUAUCAACAACACAAACAACAGUUAGUGCAUCACCAAUAGUAAUACCAUCGGCUGCUAUUAUACAACUUUUAUCAUUAGAACUUAUUGAUAAAUAUAAAGAAAUUGUUGGAACUUUAUUUGGAUUUGAUGAUUAUGUUAAUAUGGUACUUGAAGAUAUAACUGAAUUCGAAACACUUCCCGAUGGUGGUAGUCGUAUAACUAAACUUGAUCAAAUAUUAUUAAAUGGUAAUCAUGUUGCUAUGCUUGUCCUCGGCGGUGAAGGACCAAGUAUAACCGACGAAGCAGUAUAA